GACGGUGACCCUCUGUCUUCUUAGCGACUUCUGAAACAGAAUGAGUUAUGGUUUUUAGGUGAUUAAUCACAUUUAUUCAGACGUCCACUACGAGAUAUUCAAUGCGUUUUUUGGAUCUCAUAGGCGGUGUGUGAUGAGUAUAUAUAGUUGUGAGUAUUCAUCCUCUUCAAUGCAUCUUCUCUUCGUUUCUCUUACAUCAUACAGACAAAAGUUCUUAUGGCUACUCCUAGGGUUUUUCUCUCCGAUCUGAAGUCAGGCAAGUGUUCCUCCGUCGUCGAUGAAGAGCAGACUUUUUCAUCGGGACAAUUAAUCUCGAGAGUGGUUGGAAACCGCCGUCGUUGUUUAGUCGAUCAAACUUCUUCUACUCGGUAAUGAAUUCCGCACCGUUACGAUAGUCUUCUGGAUUCAUGCAUCGUCAUUAACGCAAUCACAUUAACACCAUUUUCUCAAUCGUCGCAAUAUCUUUUUUUUUUUUCGUCGCAAUAUCUCUCAUUCAGUGAAUCCAUUCAUUCAUUCCAUGGUGUGACUCCACUUCUAUAAAUAUGUAAGUUUGCUUCCUAAAGAACAUCAAUUCAAUCCUCUUAAUCACAUGAGAAUUCGUUCCCAAGUAGUUUACAGAACCAGGUACUCCACGACAGUCUUCUGAUGUAUCUACAGCUAAGAAACAUUAUUACUGGGAAAUGAAUAAUGUAGUUGAAUGAAACAAUUGCUUGAAAACUACAAUAACAACAGGUCACCUUCGUAAACGUCCGUCUUGCAGUGAGAAUCAUGCAUCAACGGUCUUGGUGGUUAUAUGCUACAGGUUUUUUGAGGAGGCUCAGCGCAACACAUCACAUGUUGAAAGCAGAGCGCAAAGAUAAUGGUAUCGGAUUUGUUGUUGCAGUGGAGCAUUUGGAUCACCCACGUUCAAAGCUUACAAAUAAAAGUUCACAAACGUCUCCAUGAGCAGUUUGAGGUUUUAAGAUCAACUCGCAAUGGUGUAAGCAGGUUAAUGGUUUGGAGUGCUGUUUAUACCAAAACAUGUUGCAUAUAUGUUCCGGUUAAAGAAGAAGCAUUUUAUAUUGUGGAAAAGGAUGCAGAAGUAGCAAAUAUUGAAACUUCUGGUGCAAUCUGCAAGUCCUAUCGUGAAACUGAUAUGAUGGUCUCUUUAGACAUAGUGCGUGUAUAAAUAUAGUUGCUCAUUGCGUAUAAAGUAUGGUUGCUCACUACAAAAUCGUUUUUGGAUUGUGCAUAAAGUAUAGUUGUUCAUUAGGUAAAUCGUUUUUUGCCUUUUUUCUUCUUGAUUUAAACAAAGUCAAAUUCAUACAGUGAGAUUUUAACUCUAUAUUAAAAAAUAUAGUGAGAUUAAAUUUAUACUUCUAAUA